AUGUUCUCCAGGCUGUUGAGGAAACUAUCAGUGACUCAGUUGUUCUCACCGCAGCGUGUCGAGGCCACAAAACCUCUGAGGAUGAAGAAGAUGCAAGAGCUUNUCAACUUCAUGAAUGAAAGCUGUGAGAGAGAAGAAGUUGUUGAUAUUUCUCNUGCAUCCUUCGUCACAGCCCUCAAUAUCAUUUCGAAUGUUCUGUUUUCAGUAGACUUCGGUAACUACGACUCGAGGAAGUCCAGUGUCUUUCAGGACAUGGUGACUGGUGUCAUGGACUCUAUCGGAGAGCCAGACCUUGCUAACUAUUUCCCAUUUAUGAGGUUUCUUGACCUGCAAGGUAAUAGAAAGAAGAUGAAGGACUGCUCGGAGAAGUUGUUUAGGGUUUUCCGAGGGAUUUAUGAUGCUCGGAUCAAGGAAAACUCAUCUCGGACAAACGAUAAGGAUGUUUUGAGCCGCGAUUUCGUGGAUGCGCUUAUUGAUCUCAAUCAGGGAGAUGAAGCAGAACUCAACAUUCUCGAGAUUGAACACCUUCUCCUCGACCUGUUUGCAGCCGGCACGGACACAAACUCUAGUACCGUGGAAUGGGCAUUGGCAGAAUUACUUCGAAACCCAAAGAAGAUGACGAAAGUUCAAGAAGAGAUCGAUCGUGUGAUAGGCCUAAACGGCGUGCAAGAGUCCGAUAUCUCGGAAUUGCCAUAUUUACAAGCUGUAGUUAAAGAAACAUUCCGUUUGCAUCCAGCUGCUCCACUUCUCCUCCCGCGAAAAGCGGAAAUCGACGUGGAGAUUCUAGGAUUUCUUGUGCCUAAAAACACUCAGGUUGUUGUGAACGUGUGGGCCGUUGGACGAGACCCGGGUACGUGGGAGAAUCCGGACCGGUUCGAGCCAGAGAGGUUUUUAGGGAAAGAGAUUGAUGUGAAAGGUAGAAAUUAUGAGCUUACACCGUUUGGAGCCGGACGGAGACUUUGUCCGGGAUUGCCUUUGGCUGUGAAGACAGUGCCUCUCAUGCUUGCUUCUCUUCUUUAUUCCUUUGACUGGAAGCUCCCGAACGGCGUCGUUUCUGAGGAUUUGGACAUGGACGAGAGCUUUGGUCUCACAUUGCAUAAGACUAAUCCGUUACAUGCCGUUCCUGUCAAGAAACGCGUCAUUAAUUAA